GGCGGCGGCGGCGGCGGCGGCGGCGGGGCCCGGCGUGCGCGACCGACGCUCCUCUCUCGCGGCCCGACUCCCCGCGGACGCGAUGCAGCGGGCGGCGGCCCUGGUCGGGCGGCGCUGCGGCCCCGGAGCCCCGGGCCCGUGGGGUCGGCGUCGGAGCAGCGCGGCCGCGGGGGCCUCGGCGCUGCAGGUGCGGCCGGCGCGGGGCCGGCGCGAGCGCAUCCUGACGCCCGAGUCCAUGAACCCGCAGGUGAAGGCGGUGGAGUACGCGGUGCGGGGGCCCAUCGUGCUCAAGGCCGGCGAGAUCGAGCUGGAGCUGCAGCGGGGUAUCAAGAAACCGUUCACCGAGGUCAUCCGCGCCAACAUCGGGGACGCCCAGGCCAUGGGCCAGCAGCCUAUAACCUUCCUCCGACAGGUGAUGGCACUGUGCACCUACCCCAACCUGCUGGACAGCCCCAGCUUCCCAGAAGAUGCUAAGAAACGAGCCCGGAGGAUCCUACAGGCUUGUGGCGGGAACAGCCUGGGGUCCUACAGUGCCAGCCAGGGCGUCAACUGCAUCCGCGAGGACGUGGCCGCCUACGUCACCAGGAGGGACGGCGGGGUGCCCGCAGACCCCGACAACAUUUACCUGACCACUGGAGCCAGCGACGGCAUUUCUACGAUCCUGAAGAUCCUGGUGUCCGGGGGCGGCAAGUCGCGGACGGGUGUGCUGAUCCCCAUCCCACAGUACCCCCUCUACUCGGCCGUCAUCUCCGAGCUCGAUGCCAUCCAGGUGAACUACUACCUGGACGAGGAGAACUGCUGGGCCCUCGACGUGAACGAGCUCCGGCGGGCCGUGCAGGAGGCCAAGGACCACUGUAACCCCAAGGUGCUGUGCAUCAUCAACCCCGGGAACCCCACAGGUCAGGUGCAAAGCAGGAAGUGCAUAGAGGACGUCAUCCACUUUGCCUGGGAAGAGAAGCUCUUUCUCCUGGCAGAUGAGGUGUACCAGGACAACGUGUACUCUCCGGACUGCAGAUUCCACUCCUUUAAGAAGGUGCUCUACGAGAUGGGGCCCGAGUACUCGAGCAACGUGGAGCUUGCGUCCUUCCACUCUACCUCCAAGGGCUACAUGGGCGAGUGUGGCUACAGAGGAGGCUACAUGGAGGUGAUCAACCUGCACCCCGAGAUCAAGGGUCAGCUGGUGAAGCUGCUCUCCGUGCGGCUGUGCCCCCCGGUGUCCGGGCAGGCUGCCAUGGACAUCGUCGUGAACCCGCCGGUGCCCGGGGAGGAGUCCUACGAGCAGUUCCACAGGGAGAAGGAGUCGGUGCUGGGAAACCUGGCGGCGAAGGCCAAGCUGACGGAGGACCUGUUCAACCAGGUCCCAGGGAUCCACUGCAACCCCUUGCAGGGUGCCAUGUACGCCUUCCCUCGGAUCUUCAUCCCCGGCCGAGCCGUGGAGGCCGCGCAGGCGCACGAGAUGGCCCCCGACAUGUUCUACUGCAUGAAGCUCCUGGAGGAGACCGGCAUCUGCGUGGUGCCCGGCAGCGGCUUCGGGCAGAGGGAAGGCACCUACCACUUCAGGAUGACCAUCCUCCCCCCGGUGGAGAAGCUGAAGACAGUCCUGCAGAAGGUGAAGGACUUCCACAUGACGUUCCUGGACAAGUACGCCUGAGGACCGCUGGCCUCGACCUCCCUCUGGGCGCCCCGCGCUGGACUCGCCGCCCCGGCCGCCCGGCCUCAGGCCUCACACCUCACGGAGGUCACCAGUCGCUCUCGUUGUCAUUUUGCCCCAAGAGACUUCUUUCCUUGUGCCUUGAUGUCGGGAGCUCUUCUCUUCUGAGCGAUGUGAUGGGGAGUAACUCAGAAGUCCUGGGUGUUUUUUUUUUUUUUUCUUUCUUUUUUUGAAGCAACCAAAGUAGAGGGGACUUGCUCAGCACAGAUGGCCGGUGUUCUCUGAAUCGUUGCUGCUUUCAGGGAGGUCCUUUGGGGUCUAAAACAGCAAGGGUGUGUAAGGGGAGAGGUUUCCGAUCUGAAGACACGAGCAGGUGUUGGGAAACGUGUGACGACCGACCAUGGCCAGGGCUGGGAUCCUAACCUCACCACCGUGAUCUGUGAAAUAAAACCCUCAGCGGUGUGAACAUGUGGUUCUUCCGAACAGGAGAGCCUCGGGGUCAUUAGAGGCGCAGGAGGGUCACCGCUCCCGCCUACAGGCGUGUGGCCUGGGUCUCAGGCCAGGGUGGUGGCGGCCGCGGCAGGCGGCGUCGGACGGGGUGCCAGGCGGGCCUAUGACAGGUACUGGUGGCUACGGCCGAGGCGAGGGGUCCUGCAGGGGUGGGGGGCGCGAGCCAGGCUGCAGGUGAAGUAGGGCCCGCGGGAGCCUGUCGCGGGCAGGGAGGCUCUGCGCACCUCAGGGUGAAGCUGGAGGUCGUGAGGGCUUCGGGGCGGAGGGUCCUCUUGGGUACGUGCAGGCGGGGCCCCGUGCGAGGGCUCCGGGCCUUGGGGGCGCAGGGUGCGCCUGGCAGUCUCCCCGAAGUGCGGAGGGUCCCUGCCUGCGGGUGCCCAGCCUCGUGGGCCAGCGGCCUGUCUCCCCCGAGGGCUCCCUGAGCCUGCGCACAGCGGCCCGGGGUGUCAUUGGGGGUGAGGAGGCCCUGCAGGUGCCCGGUGGGCGAGGGCCGUCCCCCAGGACCGUCCUUUCCGCGGCACCCGCUGUCCGCAUGGAUCCGGCCCGUCGCCAGCUCGCGGGGGGUCCGAGUGCCCGGCGGCCUGGCCGCUGCACCAGGUGCACGUAGGUGGACUCAACGUCCAUGGAGACACUUGAGCUUAGAGCCACGUGUCGGCGUCCACGCACUGCGGGCUCCCCCCGGGUCCGCCCCCCAAGGUCCCUGGGGCCGGCGCUGUAGGGGGGGUCGGAGCGCCCCGCUUGCUGGCACCCGAGGCCCCGCGGCACAGGGACUGCCUUGGAGCUUUUCCUUCCUACAAACCGAGGAGAUGGCGCUUGUGCUCGGCGGAUGGUUGAUAGAGCGGGAGGUGGCGGCGCCUGGGCUCCCGGCGCAGAGGUCCCGUGGCAGGAGCUGGGCUAUUUUUUAUAUUUUUGUAACAAUUGCUUUUUUCACGGGGGACCGGGGGCCGGUCUUUGUAGUCUUAACAAGUCCAGUAGUUUUUUACGAACCUCUUCAGAUGAUGGCGGACACCUGAAGACUUUGCAACGUCUACAUGACUUUUCAAACGACACCAUAGGCACGCGGCCUGCUGUGCAAGUCAACGAGGACCUCCCGGGGGCCCACGGGGUCAGGGGUUCCUCCCUGGCGGAGCGCGAGGGCGACACAUUUGAUUUUUCAGACUGUGUUCCAGCAUCCUGUUCGGGGCCCACCAACGAGGGUCGUUUGUCGUUCAGGGUCGCGCUUUCAGUCUGCAGGGUUUUCGGUGGGUCGGGUCGGUCCGCGGGGCAGGGGGGCCGGGGGGCCGGGGCCUCGGCCGCUCCUUCGCCUCGUUCGCGGCAGCCGGUUGGGGUCCGGGCCUGCGGGGUCCAGCAGGAGCAGGCCCCAGGCCUGCCCGCCUGGCUCCACUAGGUUCUUGCAGCCCCCGCCCCCGCCCAGGGACCCCGUGGUAGCUCUGCUGGAAAUUUCUAUACAAUAAAGUCCAUGUCCAAAGUGG